AUGACGAAGUGGACCACCAAUGUCCCUGUGUCGCCGCGACUUUAUUGGAAAGAACACGAGCGCGAAUUCCCAGUGCUGUCUAGGCUCGCACGAGACUUGCUUUCAGUCCCUGCCACCGGCGCGGGUGUAGAAAGGCUCUUCAAUAGCGCACGAGACAUUUGUCAUUAUCGCCGAGGGUCUCUUCACGAAGGGACCAUUCAAGACUUGAUGAUGUACAUGUGCUCAGAAAAGCUCACACUAGAGGGACAGCAAUUGAUUCGUCUGGAGAAACCGUUGGAGAGCGAGAGCCAAGAGGCACUUGAAGAGGAUGAAGCGUUGAAGGCAAUCGAAGAGGAUGCAGAGCCGAUCAGCGACAAUGAGGAGAUUGAAGAGAGCGAGAAUCUCGAGGGUAACUCUGAGCCAGAGGAGACAUACCAAGUGGAGUGUACGGUGGUAGAGACCGGCCGGAGCUCUAUACACAGACAUAUUCACGAACCUGAACAAGAAGAAGAGAGUGUGGAGGAAGACGUGGUUGAUUACGACGAAGCAGAUUUACUUCCGCCUCCAAUCAUGCAAUUGAGUGAUAGAAGCCAGAAGAGAUCUUCUGGUCGGGUAACAAUGCCCUCCAGCAGACUGCGAGGUUACGAGGUAUACUAG